CGUACGUCGCCGGCCUCCGCUGAUCGAGCAGGCAGGGGUUGCAUCGUCCAUGGAGGUGGUGGUGCGCACGGUGCCCGGCGUCCGGAGCUGCUUCGUCGCGCUCCCCCUCCCCGUCAUCCAAGCCCUCGAGCGCACCGCCGCCGGCGGCUCCCUCCCCGCGGUCCUCGCCCUCGAGCUGCACGGCCCCGACAGGGCGCGCUGGCGUCUCGCCUGGGCAGGCGCCGUCUCCGCCUCCGCCUCCCCAGAUGCCGUCGAGGUUUCCCAACAAUUUGCUGCAUGCAUUUCGCUACCUGACAAUACGAAAGCAUCACUGAGUGCUGUUUCUGUGUUGCCAAAAGCCAAAUUUGUAUCUGUGGAGCCAAUAAGUGAGGAGGACUGGGAAGUAUUGGAGCUUAACUCAGAGUUGGCAGAAGAGGCCAUUUUGAAACAGGUUGGUAUUGUUUAUGAUGGUAUGAAAUUUCCCUUAUGGUUGCACGGUGAUAAUGUAGUGGAAUUUCUUGUUAUUUCAGCAUCACCUAGUAACUCAAUAGUUCAACUUGUUCCUGGAACUGAAGUUGCUGUUGCACCAAAGAAACGAAAAGGCGAUGCAUAUUCUAUCGAGUGUGCCCCUAAACAAGAUUUACUCAAAGCACAGCCCCAUAAAAAGGCACUCCUCCGUGUUCAGGAAGCAGGAGGGAAAUAUGUAGAUCGAUUUGAAUAUAACGGAAUUCAACUGGGUGUGUUUGUUACAUAUGCUGUACAGAUUCACCCAGAUAAUGCUGUAAAAUUGUCUCUCGGUAAUCUUCAGUUGGUGAGUAUCACCCCUAAAUUCUCUCCAAAGGAUAGUACAGAAAAUGGAAAAGGAUCUGAUCAGCAGAUCAAGGGUUCAGUGCCUGGUAUGAAGAGGAAUAGUCACAUUGUCGUCCACAUCAUAUUAUCAGAUUCUGUUGCUAAAGAGCAUAUUAUGCUUCCUCAAUCCAUCCGCUGUUACAUUGGAACAUGUGUUCAUUCAUGGGUUUAUGUGCAGAGAUUCUCACCCGCUGUAAAUAAGAGUACACCGUCAAUAACAAUUCAUCCACUCCACUUUAAGAUGCCGGAGAGAAAUUCUGAUGAUAACAGUGCAUUAGACUGUCAAGAACAGGAUAUUUACCCAACGGUGGGUGAGAUAUCUUUAGCUGAUGAUCCUCCCACGGACAAUAACAUCAACAUGUUGCGUGGGUUUAAUGAUAUUACUGCAGUUGCAAAUUGGGAGGAAAGUGUUAAGUUAAAACAGGAGAGGUCUUUCAUCAGAUCAUGGCUUAUUGGGCAGCUCAAGGGACUCUCCUCUCAGAUUGCCCAACCUGAACUAAACACAGUGCUUCUGCCAUCUGAAACAUUACUUCACUUUCAAGUGAUUGAUCAAACAAGAGGCAGUCCUGUUGACCUCAUUUACCUCUUGACGACUACCUCUGAUUUUGGUGUUAAUCACAAGAAAAUUGAACUUGGCAUGGCAACUGAGUUUGAUAUUGAUAACUUUGAAGAGGCUCUUCAGAAAUUGGAGUUGAAUAAGGCUAUAUCCCUUGAUUCAACAAUGGAACGAGCAAGGAAAAUCUCUGACAGAGGGUUAAGUGUGGUUUUGUCUUCAGCAUCUCUAAAAUUAUUGAGUAGAAUAAAGUGUCCCUAUCCAGGAAAUGUUCUUGUAUAUGGCCCUCCAGGUUCUGGGAAAACAACCUUAUGCAAAGCUGUUGCAAGACACUUUGAAGAGCAUAAAGAAAUUCUGGCUCAUGUGGUUUAUGUAGACUGCUCAAAGCUAGCUACUGAGAAGAAUAAGAAGCAGCUCCAGCAAAUUGCAGACUAUAUCUAUGAAGCUAUUGUUCACUCCCCUUCAAUUGUAAUAUUCGAUGAUCUGGACAGUCUAAUUUCAUUCUCCCCGGACAACCUAAAAUCUCAGUCGUCCAAUUCUAGUGCUAUUGUGAAAUAUUUGAUAGACAUGCUAGAUGAGUACAGAGAUAAAAGUCAUGGCAUGUGUGGGUAUGGACCUGUUGCAUUUCUGGCUUCAGCUAAGUCACUUAAGUGUCUUCCUCAAGAGUUGACUUCCUCAGGGAGAUUUGAUCUUCAUGUCCAAGUUCCUGGUUUGUCUGCGCCUGCUCGUAUAGAGAUACUGAGGCAGACAAUUGUCAAGCUUCACUUACUAUGUACUGCGGAAAUCAUCAGCAACAUUGCUUCGAAAUGUGAUGGUUAUGAUGCAUAUGAUUUGGGAAUUUUGGUUGAUAACACUGUGCUUGCUGCUUCGGAUCGUUUGCUUGGGUCUUCUACUGUAAAUCUGGUGGAGGAAGACUUCCUGAAAGCCAUGAGGAACUUUUCUCCUGUUGCGAUGCGUGAUAUUAGUAAAUUUUCGCCUGAAAUUAGCAAUGGAUGGGAAGAUGUCGGAGGACUUUCCGAAGUUGUAAAUGUUAUUAAAGAGACUAUUGAAUUGCCACUAAAAUAUCCGAAGUUUUCUGCUGGGGCUCCUGUAAGGUUGCGAUCGAACAUCCUCCUGUAUGGCCCAACAGGCUGUGGCAAAACCCAUGUUGUGAAAUCUGUAGCUGCUGCGUAUUCUUUACGGUUCAUUCCAAUCAAGGGGCCAGAAUUGAUGAAUAUGUACAUUGGUUCUACUGAGCAAUAUGUUCGUGAUACGUUUGCAAAGGCAGCUGCUGCGUUACCUUGUUUACUUUUCUUUGACGAAUUCGAGUCUCUUGUACCACAGCGAGGAAAACAUGGUACACAAGUUACUGACCGUGUUGUCAACCAGUUUUUGACGGAAUUAGAUGGUGUAGAAGCUCUGACGGGAGUAUUUGUAUUUGCUGCCACCAACAAGCCGCGCGAAAUUGAUGCUGCACUAUUACGACCUGGAAGAUUUGAUCGGCUUGUAUUUUGCGACUUCCCGCAAUGGAAUGAACGUCUGGACAUUCUCAGGGUGCUCUCAAAGGAGCUUCCUCUGGCAAGCGAUGCCGAUCUUGAACUUGUCGCAUCAAUGACGGAAGGGUUCAGCGGUGCUGAUCUCAAAGCUAUACUCACGGACGCUGGGCUGGAAGCCGCCAAGGAGGCUGUGCGAUGCCAACCAGGAGACGGUAGUGGUGAUAUCCCGCAAGAGCUGCCUCUUAUCACCAGUGGAACUCUCAUGUCUGUUGCUUCAGAGGCUAGACCAUCGACCUCGGAGGAGGAUAGGAGGAGCUUGAGGGAGAUGUUCAGCCAAUUCUCAACUUCUAGGAAGUCUUCGAUUUCCACCGAGAAGAGAAGGGAAGCAAAUGGCCAGGGCCAGAGAGUAGCUGUAGCCGAGUCAUGACAAUUGGUUCAUGUAAACUCUUUCUUGUAAACUGGCACCGUCGAUCGCUGGUCUACCCGCAGGCGCGACUCCAUCUCACCGGCGUAGGGUGGGCGGUGAUGACCUGGCGAUGGCAUUGAACAGAAGCAUGGAAUUGAUCCGACAUGCCGUGUACCCAUCUCAUUCAGGAGCAUGGGGCCAUGGAGUAUUUAUUAGUUUGGAGCAUGGGUUUUGUAAAUCUCUGGAGUGCAGAGGCCUGGAUGUAUGGGGCAUAUUGGAUGCACUGAUGUACUAGAUGACUGAUUAACACCUUUAACGAUGAUUAGAAAAUCAUGAAUGUUUUUGACAAGAUUGACACAACAUGCAAUUACCAUGGAAAA